GUCGUGUAUUUAAACGGGCCGAAGAAGUGUCGAUCGGACAGACGGUCUCUCUCUUCUCUUCAAGUUCGAGUUGAGUAAACGAUAGGCGAUGAAGGGUAUAUACGCAAUUGUCAUCGCCUUCGUGGCAUCGUGGAUGACUGUAAUCACGGCGGACCUCAUUCUUCCUGUUCCCACCGAAUGCCCGGUCCCACAGCCUAAUGAGAAAAAUACUACAACCAAUCUUGCACAUGAAAGCGAUUGCACAAAAUUCUACAAGUGCCACGUAGGCCAGAGAAUCGAGCAACUAUGUCCUCUUGCGUCUCCGAAUUCCAAGGAGAGACUGCACUACAAUAUAUUCGAACAGGUCUGCGACUGGCCUUGGCGAGCUGGUUGCGAAAGUUGUCCACCCGCGAAAGACGAACAGGAUAGAACCUUGCCAAGCAGUAAAAUACAACGAAGCGGCAGCUGUCGUAACUACUAUCGAUGCAAAAAGGGUAAAGCAGAAAAGGACAAAUGUUCUCCGGACACGUGCUUCAGUCGCACAUGCCAGAAAUGCGUUGAUUACCGAGAUGGUGGAUCGUGCAACGGUGAUGGUCCCACACUCACAAAACCACCUUGCAGAACUGGUGAAAAACAACUUCAUCACUGUGACUGUAAUAAGUAUUACGUGUGUGUUAAUAAUGCGGACCUGGCCGUUGAGUACUGCGACCCCGGUUUUCAUUUUAGUCCCACUGAAGAAAAAUGCUUGCCACCGGACGAAGCUAACUGUCCAUUAGAUAAAAUAUAGAAACAAUAGAAAAUAUGGCGAAUGUCCGAAGCCUAUUAUUACCACGAACGGAUGUUGCCACAUGUGUGACUGCAAGUUACUUCUGAAUAAAUAUAAAAAAGAAGAUUCGCCGUUUUCUUGCAAAUUUUGCUCUGAAUAGACAGAAAUGCGAUUUUUUUCCGAAAAAAUAGUACGACGUAAAAAUUUAAAACUUUAUCAAGAGUAGACCGCGAUCAUUAAUUUCAGAGGAUAUAAAACUGAAAGUAUUGACAAGUAUGAAGAAUAAAACGCGAUUUUUUUUGUUAUAUCUUUAAUAUAUUUUAUAUAUGUCUUAGAUUAGUUAUCUAAAUAUUUCAAUAAAUCUAAUAUAUUGUUCGAUUCA